UAUGUAAACUUCAUGUUUUUAUUUGUGUUUCAUAUCAGACUGCAGUUAACAUGCGUGGCGUUACAUUAGCUGAUGAUGGAAUGCACACAGACAGGCUCCAACUUCUUCGAGGCGUACAGAGUAUUUGAACGAACAAUACAAGAGCCAAACAUUAAAUACAUCCACAUAAGUGCAGAAGUGCUGAUACAAUCUGGAAAAUUGAAGAAAUCCAAAAACGAUGCCAACAAAGCAAAACGAAAUCGAAAACGGAACAUUUUAGGAAUAUUUCAGAAAAUCGUCUCGGCUCUCCGUAAUUCCAAGGGCGGAUGCGUUCUUAUUCACCUCUGUGACAGAAAAGAUACAAAAUUCAACUUAUCAGCAUUUGAUGAAUUUGCAGAUAGAAGUCUAAAAUCUUUGAUUGGUGACGGGUCCCUCUACACUGAUGUCUACAAGCGAAAAUGGUUAAGAGAAUACCCCAAGUUUGAGAAAUACGUCAACAUCAUUGUCCUUACUGUUAGUGCAGGCACCGGCGUUGCAACAGUAGAACCAAACACAAAGGUAGGAUCUGAUCACGAAGUCGUGGACCCGUACUUUUUUGAACUCCUUACUCUUCUUGGAAAAUCUGACAAAACGUCACAAACUAAACUUCGAGGAAUCGCAAGCAAUGCAUUAUUCGAGAGUCGCAGUUUACAGCUGAAAUCAUUUCCAGAAGAUCAAGGAUGUCUUCUCGAAGAUGGAAAAGAAUCUGAACUUGCUGACUUUAUAUGGAAUACCCAACGUUUUAAAUACUAUCUGAGCUCAUUUUCCAAACUGUACGAGGGUGGAUCUUACUACACGGGAGUUGCCGAGGCAAAAACGUCUUCAAAUCCAACAGUCAAAGGAAUUGAAUUCCAAGGAAAAGAAGACAAACUGAAAGAAGAAUUUGAAAAAAAGUUAGAGAGUGUUGUGAUUCUUAGUAGGGAUGGUGCAGCUCAGACAGGAAGUUCUUGCGAAAACCUCAUUCAAAUCCAUCUGCACCCAUUGAGUGACAGUGACAACAAAGUGCUGGAGAUAGCUGUACGUUUUGUUCCUGGAAUACUAUUUUAUGACAAUGGACCUGAAGCCUACAACGUCGUGUCCAACGACAUAACAAAAAUGACCUUCAGUGAAUGGUGCGAAAGACUGAUGGUCCUGUGUCGAAAAUACAUUGUGUAAAUUACGGUUGAAACGUGCUUUAUAUCUCGUUCUGUACAAUGUCGUCUGAUGAAAGUGAUUCAAGUUUGUCCUCAUUAUCUGAUGCCGAUAUAACGUACUCCCCGUGCGAGUUGGAAUAUAUGAGUUCCACUUCAGAUGAUGUAGACGGUUGUAGCGGCAUGCAUGGACAAGAACCUAAAUAUACUUUCUUGAAAGUCAAGGAGACUUCAGAGGUCAAACAGCUGUACGGUUCUUUCAACCUUGAUGCCAUCAAGGAACUUGAAACAUAUUUCAAUGGCCUCAAAAGGACAGACGGCAAAAUCAGAUUUUUUCCCAAGUCAAUGGAACAGUUUGUAGCAAACCAACAUCCAAAGAUUUUGGAACAGUUGAAGAGUCUUGACUUCAAAGACGUCUUUGUGUAUUUAGGAAGUACAUUUGCCGUCACUUUAAACAUACACAAUGAAAGAAUAAAAAUUCCUAGAAGGCUCAUCUGUGAUGCGUUGGUGUUUAGCAGCAACGAAGCCGUUUUGGUACUUAGUUUUGUCAAACAUCAAACAGACAUGGCCAGGAGACUUGAUAUGUAUAACAACUUUGUUGCCCGAGGUGUGACGGAAGCUCUGAGAACAUUUCUGAAUGACAUCAGUGUUGUUAGAGGUGUCAUUGAAGAAGGGACCAAUCUUAGCUCUUGUCUUCCUGAGAUGGAGAAACAGACAAUGUUUUUCCAUCCCAGCUCAAUCUCCAUGGAUCAGGACAAACGGGAUGCAGCUGUCAAAGCAAUUCUGAAGUCAGUUGCAGUUACCCAGGCAGCAAUUGUUUACACGCCGUCUGCGUAUGGUGCCAGUGGAAAAGGGUCAUGCUUCUUGAACCUCAGCGAAUUUGAAUUUUUAUCAGAGUUCAUAGACAUGAAAAGUACCACCUCCAUGCAUACAGCUAAAGGACAGAAGGACAUCUUAGCACUUGAAAUAGCGAGCAGGAUAUCCAGAAGAGGCAAGACAGCUAUUCAUGUACAACACACUGGUCAUAAUGAAGCAUUGGAGGCUCACAGGAACAAACAUCCGAAUUUAGACGUCUUCAAAACUGGAACUGAUAUUGAUUGUGAGAAGUAUGAACACAUUUUUGCUGCGAAAAUGAGUCAUAUCAAAGGGAAUAAAAAGAGUGGCGGACAUAUUUGCAUCAUUUCAUCUUCAAAAUCAGAUUCCAAACCUGUGAAGAAACCUAAGAAGAGUCAUUCCAAUAAGUCUUUCCUUCAACGAUUGUUCGGAAAGAGAGCUACUGUGAAAAUAUCUCAAGGGCCUGUUGAAUUGGAUCGGCAGUCCCAGUCGAUGCCGAAUUUGUCAACUAUAACCACAGAGGAAUUACCAUCUGGGGAGCUGUAUCAAGAUGACGGAGGAAUCACCCUCGUUACCCAUAAACGACUGAAUGAACCAGGGGUCAAAAGAAGUUCAGGCUUAACAACAGUAACGACUGCAACCCAAUUAUCACUGCAACCUCCUCCAUCUUUACCAAGUGCCGAGGAGCCUGAAUUGAAAAAAUAUCGACAGAUCCUGUCGAUGCCGAAUUUGUCAACUAUAACCAUAGAGGAAUUACCAUCUGGGGAGCUGUAUCAAGAUGACGGAGGAAUCACCCUCGUUAGCCAUAAACGACUGAAUGAACCAGGGGUUAAAAGAAGUUCAGGCUUAACAACAGUUACGACUGCAACCCAAUUAUCACUGCAACCUCCUUCCUUUCUACCAAGUGCCGAGGACACUGAAGUGAGAAAAUGUGCGCCAGAUGUCCCGAUCAAGAGACAAAGUUCGACGGCAUCAGAAUCAGAAUAUGACAAGGAUAGUUUCACAAAUGACGUUUCCUGUGGUGGAGGAUCUAUAGGAAGAGUGUCUCCUGUCUCACUAACUUCCUCUUCUUCAAGUGGCUAUCUCAGUAAUUGUGAAAGUCCACGCAGAUCCGAAACACGCCCAGAAACACAGGAUGUCAACAUGGAUUCUUAACAAUUCCAUCUAAGAGGAAUUAUUUCAAGUAAUUUCAACGGUAAAGAAGGUGAUAAUUCACACGUCUAUAGACAAAGAGUUCGCCAACACAACAGCAGCCUGUACUGUUGUGUUUCUGUUAACUCGAGUCCACAAGAUGGCGUCAAGGUCAGUACUUUGUAUGGUCACCAUUGGCAGCAAUUACUGUUUGGCGCCGUCUCGGCACAAACUGUAUAAUUCGACGAAGUCACUCUUGUGCAUUUCUUCCCUUCUCUUCCUGCAAUGCAAUAGCUACUUGUGGACGUCUGAGGCGUGUUUUGACGUUGACGUAUACGUCGAUCGAGUUCAUCCCAUAGGUGUUCUAUCUUAUUAGAUCUGGUGAUCGGGAAGGCCAUGGCAAGACAUUGACGUUAGAAUUGUCAAGGAAGCGGUAUGUAUGUGAAGUAGCGUUGUCAUGCCGGAACAACUCCCUCUAUUGGUCCAUAAUCGGAAGCAUGUGGCAUGCAAGACUUCGUCGAUGUACCGAUUUGUCAAAUUGCCCUGAACCACUACUAAAUCAGAUCUUUAUGUGCACGAUAUCGCACCCCACACCCGCACCCAUCUUCGAAUCUGUCGACCCAUCAAAAGCAAUUAGGAGCAAAGUUUCAUUUCUCAAGACUAUGAUGCAAGUGAGCAACCCGGAUGUAGCGGUCCUUGGCUUGGGUGGGCUUCGGCGAAAUUGGUCUGCAGGAAACGAUCCCAAAGGCGAGAUAUGAUGCUCUGAUGCACGUUGAAAUGUCGGGCAACUGCAGACUGCAACGUCCCAGUUUCAAGGUGGCCUAUGGCGACGUUUCUUUUGGUUGCACUCAGUAAUGGCAUGAUGAUUUCCUCUUUUCCAGACUAAAACGAAUGACAAAAUUAAACACAACGUUUGCCUUUUUAUCGUGACUUUUUCUGGUGUCCCCCACCGUAAUAUUGCUGGAAUAUUGCUGAAAGCGGCGUAAAACCAAACUCACUCACUCACUCACUCUGAUUAGCCGUUGUACACAAUGUGUUUCUAUUCUGUCAUGCUGUUGCAAGAAAACAUUUUUACUCUUCUUCCGAGCUGCCCAGUAGGUUACAGUAGGAAAACAAUGUUUUUACUCUUAUGCUGCUGUAGCAAAAAAUGUGUUGUUUUCGUUUGUUAAGCUGCUGUAGAAAAUAAUAUGUUUUUCUACGUUUAUGCCUCUGUACUAAAAAUGUAUCCUUUUCGUUUGUUAAGCUGCUGUAGAAAAUAAAUGUUUUUCUACUUUUAUGCCUCUGUACAAAAAAUGUAUCCUUUUCGUUUGUUAAGCUGCUGUAGAAAAUAAUAUGUUUUUCUACUUUUAUGCCUCUGUUCAAAAAAUGUAUCCUUUUGUUUGUUAAUCAGCUGUAGAAAAUAAUAUGUUUUUCUACUUUUAUGCCUCUGUAUAAAAAAUGUGUGGCUUUCGUUUGUUAAUCAGCUGUAGAAAAUAAUAUGUUUUUCUACUUUUAUGCCUCUGUGUAAAAAUGUAUGGAUUUCGUUUGUUAAGCAAGCUGUAGAAAAUAAUAUGUUCUUCUACUUUUAUGCCUCUGUGUAAAAAAUGUGUGGUUUUCGUUUGUUAAGCUGCUGUAGAAAACAUGGUGUAUCUCGUGGAACGCUGCCACAUGAAACAUUGUGUUUUUCUCCUUUUACUUUGCAACAUGCUAUGUCAUGUUACCACAUGUUGUAUAUUUCUCCUGCUACAUUUACAGUAUGAAACAAUGUGUGUUUCGUCAGCUAUGUUACCACAUGAAACAUUGUAUUUUUCUCCUGUCUUGUUGCUGUGUGAAACAAUGUUGAAGGAAAUAUUGUAUAUUCUCAUGCCGAGCUGCCAAAGUGAAACAUUGUUCUUUUUACAGACAUACUGCUGUUAGAAACAGUGAGUGUUUUCUUCUUUCGUGAUGUUGUGUUUAGGCACUGAUCUCUGA